UUUUUUUUUAAAACCACUCAGUAACCCGGAGGAGGACUUGCUGUAGAGAAAAGUCAUGGGGAUAGGAGAUUGACAGCAUUGAAAAUGAUCAGAUGUGUCUGGAUAUAGGUAAAAAAAUCUCAGGCACUUUAAAGAUGGCUUAAGAAGGCAUACAACCACUUUACUUCAGGCAUGUAGAGCUGCUGCUAAUUAAUGUGGUUGGUAAGGCAGCAUUCCAUAGAGAUUGUUACUCUGUAACAGCCCAGGACAUGAGCUUUUGCUGUUCCUUUUUCAAAGGUGUCAGAGCUAUCGAGAGGAGGGGUGGCUGGCUGCCUGCACUCAGUGUGACAAUUUUAAGCCCGAGGCUGCUGGCUCAGGAAUUCUUCUCUUCCCCAUUAAUCCCCAUCCCUUUUAUUCUGUUUUAACAAGCCCUUAGCUCCACUAUCCCAACACGUCCAGCUAGCAGUGGUCACACUGUGCUCUCUCUGCUUCUAGCCCCUUGCUGUGCCCCUUCCCACCAGCCCAACACUGUGGGAUGGCAGAUGCUGUCCAUCCCUGUGCCCUUGGGGCUCAAACUGCUCCAUGCUGUGAAUGCCUUCUGUAGAGCUCUAGCCGCUGUCCCUAUGCCCGGGGACAAUGCCAGCACCCAGUGGCACCUGCAAACAUCUUUGCCCAGGUGCACCUGGAGGAGGGCUCUGUCUGGUGCUCUGUGCACUUGUACCACAGUCUACAAGCUCAAAGGGGACUCUUGCCAAAGAUGAUCUCCCUUUCUACUUAUCGCUCUUAGCCUAUGCCCCCCCACACACCUGAGGCUCCUAUUUCCUAGGGGCAGGGGAGAAGCUGUGGUCAAGGCACAGUGAGAUGGAUAUCCAGCCCCUCUGGGGCAAAGCUGUGGUGCAGAGAGCCCUCACUGCCGGGCGCAUCCAGGGCCCAAACCAUUGGAAGUGGGCUCCAGGCACCACAAAUGCCUACUGUCAGCUCUGUGCCUCUAGCUGGCAGAAGCAUCGCUGGGAACACCCACCAGUCCGUCCCUGGAAAUGAUCCCCUACCAGUUGCAGGGCGGCUCACUGGUGCUCAGGCAGAAAGAGGACGCGGGGGAUGGCAGGACUGCCCCCGAGCAGGACAGAGAGUGUGUCACCACAAGGCACAGCCAAGGGCUGAAAACGGAGCCCUGUUUCCAGAGAGACUCUCUGUUGCCUUCCCCUAGCUCAUCCCUCAUGUCACAGCUGCUCAGCCAUGUUGCGGUUAGUAGGAGCCUGGAUUCCUGCACUCUUUUCCCUUCCUCUGCAGUGGAGCUGCCCCAGGGCUAUGAGCUUGGUGUGCCUCUCAAAGAAGCAGCACAAGCCCUGGCUAUCACCAGAACUCAUGGCUCUGCUCCUGCGCCCUGUGCAGCUGAUGGGGAGCAACUCUCUGAUGAGUACCUACAAGCCAAGAGGGCCAGAGUGGAGAGCAUCAUCCAAGGCAUGAGCCUCCCUCCAGCCCACCAGGCCUCGUACAUGGGCAUGGAGGGAGGUUUGGGGCAGGGCAAGGAGAGGGGUGGGGAAGUGCCCCACCAGGGCAAGAGGAAGCCGAGGGUGCCCCAGCAGCAGGGUGCAGGGGUGGCUGGGAAAGGGGCAUCUGGCAGGGGCAGCCCCCACGCAGCAGAGUGCCAGCAGCUGAGGGAGCAGCUCUGCUUUCUAGAGCAGCAGCUGAGGUGGCUUCAGGAGAGGUUCUCCCAGGUCUGUGACUCUGGAGACACUGCCCAAAUCCAGGAAGGUGCUGGAAAAGCACAGCUGCUUCCUGGUAAAGCUGGAGACAGAGUGGGCAGGGAUGGUGUUGCCACCACCCACCAUCCACACAAAGCCACUCUCUGGGAGAGCAUCCUGGAGGUGGAUGGGCCCAGUGUGGGGGAGGAUGACGAAGACAGAGGCAGUGCAGGAGUCCUGCCCUCAGUGGCCAGGGUGCUCUCGCAGUCCCUGAAGCAUGAGCUGGCUGGGGUGACAUCCCGUGUGGUGGACUCCGUCCUGAAGACUGUGUGGCCAAAGGCAGCCAGCCACCUCAUACAGCAGAACCCAGAGCGAGAGCCGGAUGCCAGGGAAGAGCAUUUUCCUGAUGGGAAAGGCAGAAAACUGCUUGCUAAGGCACUCUCCCCAAGCACCCUGGGCUCCCCCCGGCCUGAAGCACCAUCACUGUCAUCGGGGAAGAGCUCUCAGGCCAGAUCCUUCAGCCCAGGGAGGGUCAGAAACCCCCAUCAGGCACCCCGUGUGGGUCACAGGCUGGGCUCAGCUGCCCUGGCAGUGCAGGACAGUCAGCUGCUGGGCCAGCUGCUGGUCUACACCCCGUGCAGCCACUGGGGCAGCCCUAAUGCCCCAGAGAGGUGGCCCCCAGAGCCCCCAGAUGCACGCUGGGAAGUCACCAAGCUGCAGCCAUUGGCAGUGAGGCCCCUGGACCCUGACAUGGUGGAGGGGAACAGAACACCCCUCACCCCUACGCACGAGGCGCUGACCCCUGGCCACCUGAAGAAGGCCAAACUGAUGUUCUUCUUCACCCGCUAUCCCAGCUCGGCUCUGCUGAGGUCCUACUUCCUCGACGUGCAGUUCAGCCGCUGCAUCAACUCCCAGCUCAUCAAGUGGUUCAGCAACUUCCGUGAGUUCUACUACAUCCAGGUGGAGAAGUUUGCCCGGCAGGCCCUGCUUGAAGGUGUCGCGGAGGUCGCGGCCCUGCGUGUCUCACGGGACUCGGAGCUCUUCCGCUCCCUCAACAUGCAUUACAACAAAGGGAAUGACUUUCAGACAGCCUCCUUGGGAGAAGUCUGCAGUGCGCUCCAGGCAUCAGGAUGUUGCGCUAUAUGUUUCACUUGGCUGCUCAAAGGCAGUGGUGGAGACCCACGGAAGGGACAUGGAGAGGAAGCCAGAUGCCUGGAGUCUGGAAAUGGUUGCUCUCCUCCUGGCCCUGCUCCAGCUUUCCCCAGGACCUGGGCCGAGCCACCUUUCUCCUCAUUUCCACGGGGCCAUAGAUCAGGGCAAACGGCCCUUUUUGUUUACAAAGCGGGCCGAGCUCCCAACAGUGGGCAUUGUUUCCUUGGCAUGGCUGCCCGAGGCGCUGUGCCUGUUCCAGCAGCACUCCUCAGGCCCUGCCCAGAAACAACACAACGGCAUCCAAAGCAAACAUCUGGUGAAUUCCAGCAUUUCAAGCAGCCCAUGAGGAUGGCUGGCCCUGUCCAGGAGACAUGAAACUGUUUGUGUCAGCCAGCACAAACAGCCCUUCCCCGCCUCGCCAGUACCCUGCAGAGGAGAUGAAGCUGGACAGCAUGUCUUCUGUUGGAAGGGGCCAGGCAGUGUUGGAAGUGCUGCGGGGUGCCUGCUGGGUGCUGGAGCACUGCAAGAUGCAUGGAGAGGAAAAUCUAUGCAUCCCUGCAGCAGGGUGCCUGCAGCUGGACGGCAACAUCUGAUGACUGGGCAGCAUUGCAGGUGGGGGCUCUAUAGGGACUGUGUUACAGUGGCCCUUGCCAUUGUGAGUGGGGUUAGCCACAUUCCCUGUCUGGGUUUGCACGUUAAUUGCUUGAGGACUAAUGUUGUACCACCCCAGCUCCAAAUGUACUCCAUCCAUUUAAAAAUAAAUACAGCUUACAUCACCACUUUACAUUCCCAGAGACCUCUCAGAUAGUUU